AUGGCCGAAGAGAACUGUGAGAUGCGCGGAAAGGCGAUCCGUGUAAAUCUGGGAGUGGAAGGCCAGUCUGUCCGUGAUCACACUGCGGGAUCCGGAGUGGCGUCAGAAGAGACGACACCAGUACCGGCGGCGGAAAGUGAGGCCUACAGCGAUGGUGAUUGGCAUGAAAGUGAAGCAUCUGUGACGUCAGAACCUGAAGACGGGCCUGAUGUGGCAACACCCAGCCAAGGCUCAGAAAGAUAUACAGAGGAGUCUGUCGGCACAGCGUCGGAAGUGGAUGUGGUUGGUGAUCACAUAGAGCCGGUGGCCAGCAACACACCCGACAACGAUGCUGUGAGUGAAGCAGAUGUGGAAACUCCGGCCGAAGUACCUGCUGAAGCGGAGGUCCAGAUAGAUGUCAACGUUGCGAGUGCGCUAGCCGCACAUGCGGUUGAAGUGGAGGAGAGCGCUGACGAGUUGCCCGACAUCGAGGAGAGCAGCGAGCAACCCCGAGAAGACCAGGAGCAAGGUACGAAUGCUAUGGAGAGUCCGAUCGAGGUUGAGCCUGAGGAUCCUCAAACUCCAGCUGAGGAUGAGGACGAGCGAGUCCCGGGAGAAGCGGAAGACGAGGACGCUCCACAGGAGGAUCCGGUGGCCGAGGUCGACCCCGAGGAUCCAGUCACCGAGGAGGGCUAUACCUCCAUGGAGCACUCGUACCAUGCGUCCGACGAGGGCGCGGACAGCGAGGCCUCCGACGAUCCGAUGGAUGAAGAACAGGAAGCGUCGCAGGAAGCACUGAAGGGUGAGCUGGCUGAGAAGGAGGAGGAACACGACAAGCUGGCGUCACAACUGAGGCAGAUGCAGCUGGAAAUGGAAACUUUACGAAAGAUGCUGGAGCAAAACCAGCAGGAGUUGGCGAAUUCCAGUCAGGAACUGGAGAAAGCGCGAGCUGAGCUCAAUGACUUGCGAAAGCAACAAAACGAGUCUGCAGCGGCAUCACAAGCGGAGCGGGAGGCCUUUCGACAAGUCGAGAAGCUGAUGAAAGACAAGAAAAGCCUACGAGAGCAGCUUGAGAAGAUGCAAGAGCAGAUGGUACGGAUGGAGUCCUUGCAGCAGCAGCUGGAGAAGCGCCUCAUCGCCACGGAACGGGAGCGCGAUGCGGUGAAGCAGCGCUUGCAGAUGGACUCCUGGAAGCCACAUCGGAUAGAAGAAGCUGAAGCUGCCCGCCGAAGGACUGGUGGAGAGUUCCGUGUGCUGGAGAAGCCCGUGGACCGCAUGAGACGGCCCAGGCACGGCGCACAGCAACGGGACGUUUGGCGUUUCCAGCCACGGCAACGUGGAGCCUUGGUCUUGCGGAUGCGUCCAGGUCUUGACUCGCCACGCAGCAACCAGAAGUUGUAUCCUGGUGACAGUUUCGUGGUGUCAGAGCAGCGGAAGGGUCCUUCUGACCUGGUCUUCUUGAAGUUAGCAGAUGGUCGGGGCUGGGCCUUCAAUCGAAGCCCGGAUGUGGGCACGCUCUGUGUUCCGCGACCUGCUCGAAAAGACCGUCUGGCACCUUACAGGCUACCUGAGGGUGCUCGUUUGCCUGGAAAGAUCCGCCAGGAUCAGGCCCUGCGCGCCCGCCCACGCCUUCCGGCCAUUCCGAAGCCCGUGAGGGAUUCGCGGGCGCCAUGGCACUAG